AACUGCGGAAGUGGAACUUGUAGAAGUUCACCCUUGCUGGAUGCUGGUGUUGUUCUUUAGCCUCUGUGGUGUUCAGUGUGCAGAAACCAGACAGUAACAUUUCACAGGAAUGUCUUUGUCUUUCGAGGGAAGAGUCGUGCUUGUCACUGGGGCCGGAGGAGGCCUUGGCAGAGAGUAUGCUUUGGCUUUUGCUGAAAGGGGAGCUGCUGUUAUAGUGAAUGACCUUGGGGCAGACACUAAAGGGGGCGGAAAGAGUUCUGCAGCUGCUGAUAAGGUGGUGGAGGAGAUAAAAGCGAAGGGAGGCAAGGCUGUGGCAAACUAUGAGUCUGUAGAAGAUGGAGAAAAAUUGAUCCAAACAGCACUGGAUACAUUUGGAAGGAUUGAUGUUGUUGUAAACAAUGCUGGGAUUCUCCGUGACCGCUCGUUUGCCAGGACGAGUGAUUUGGACUGGGACCUGAUUCAGAGAGUUCACUUGAGAGGAUCCUUCUUAGUGACUCGAGCCGCCUGGAAUCACAUGAAAAACCAAAAGUUUGGCAGAAUCAUCAUGACAGCUUCAGCCGCAGGCAUCUAUGGUAACUUCGGCCAGGCCAACUACAGCGCUGCCAAGCUGGGCAUGCUGGGCCUUUCGAACACCUUGGCCAUUGAGGGACGGAAGUACAACAUCCACUGCAACACGAUUGCUCCUGUGGCUGGGUCACGCCUCACAGAGACCGUCAUGCCCCCAGACCUCGUGGCGUCUCUGAAGCCAGAGUACGUUGCUCCCCUGGUCCUCUGGCUCUGUCAUGAAGAAUGCAAAGAAAAUGGAGGACUGUUUGAGGUCGGGGCAGGCUGGAUGGGUAAAUUGCGCUGGGAGCGCUCUCAGGGCCAAACUGUGAGACAAAAGAACCAACCCAUGACUCCUGAGGCUGUCAGGGACCAGUGGGACGCAAUAUGUGACUUCACAGACGCCACCAAGCCUACGAGUAUACAAGAGUCUCUACAGUCUAUGGUGAGUGUGCUGUCUCAAGUGGAGUCUGAUGAAGAGGUCGGAGCCAAUCCAACAGCUGCUGCAGCGUCCGCAGGGUCCACUUCAGGGAUCAAUCCUGCCGAAGCAGUGGGACAAAAACUACCACCGACAACAUUCAGCUUCAACCACGUCCAGUGUGUGCUCUACGCUUUGGGGGUCGGCAUGUCAACUCGGGAUCCCGACCAUCUCAGGUUUCUGUAUGAAGGCCAUCAAGACUUCGGCUGCCUCCCCACCUUUGGGGUCAUUCCUUCCCAGGCAGCCAUGAUGGAGGGCGGGCUCAGCUCAGUCCCUGGACUCAACAUUGAUAUGACGCAGGUUCUGCAUGGAGAGCAGUAUCUGGAGCUGUACAAACCUCUACCAACCUCAGGUAAACUCACCUCGGAGGCCACUAUAGCAGACGUGCUGGACAAAGGAUCUGGAGCCAUCAUCCUCCUGGAUGUGAACACCUUCAAUGGCGACGAGCUGGUUUGUUAUAACCAGUUUUCCGUGUUUGUGGUCGGAGCCGGAGGGUUUGGAGGGAAGAGAACAUCCGAGAAAGCCAAAGCCGCUCUGCCUCCACCCAAUCGAGCACCAGAUGCUGUGGUGAUUGAUUCCACCACGAGAGACCAAGCUGCCUUGUACCGUCUGAGCGGAGACUGGAACCCUCUUCAUAUAGACCCCGACUUCGCAGCCAUGGGAGGCUUCAAGGCUCCCAUCCUGCACGGCUUGUGCUCGUUCGGCUUCGCUGCGAGACACGUCCUCAAGCAGUUCGCAGACAACGACCCCGCCAGAUUCAAGGCUAUCAAGGUUCGCUUUGUGAAGCCUGUGAUGCCGGGUCAGUCCCUGCAGACUGAGAUGUGGAAGGAAGGCAACAGAAUUCACAUCCAGUGCAAAGUGAAGGAGACGGAUGCUGUUGUGCUAGCCGGCUAUGUGGAUUUACACGGCUCAUCUGAAGCGUCUCCAGAAAAUGUCCCUCAAGGAGGAGGCCUUCAGAGUGAGCUGGUGUUCGCAGAGAUCGGCCGUCGAAUCAAAGACUCGGGCUCUGAGUUGGUGAAGAAGGUGAACGCUGUGUUCGGCUGGGAGAUCACUAAAGGUGGAGAGAGCUCUGCACAGUGGACUAUCGAUCUGAAGAAUGGCACCGGCUCUUUGCAUAAAGGCCCUUACAGCGGGAAGGCGGAUGUGACCUUCACAGUGGCGGAUGAAGACUUCAUGGAGGUAGUGCAGGGGAAACUCAACCCGCAGAAGGCGUUCUUCUCCGGCAAGCUGAAGGUUAGAGGCAACAUCAUGCUGAGUCAAAAGCUGGAGGUCAUCCUGAAGGACUACGCCAAGCUGUGAGCUCCUCAAACAACCAAUCAGACGACUCCAGGACUCCACCAGCUCGUCCUCUCUCUCUCUCCAUCUGUCCCCUUCUCUCAUCCCGCUCUGUGCGCGUCUACUAACAUGGUUUUCCUCUCAAGGGAGAUACAUUGAGAAGUGACCCAGUAACAAUAGAACUACUUCAGGAUGAAUUCUGUCACAUAAAUGAACAAUGUUCAUAGUCAAACAAUGUACAAAGACUCCUAAAUAAGUAAGAGGUGUCACAGAUCCAGAUGUGCUUUUACGAGGAGGAGGAAUCGAGCUUGAAAUUAAAAAAAACAGACUUAAGAUUUAGCAUUUAUGUAAUUUCAGUUGGUUAAAGUUCACUUUGUCCUUAAGGUCUGUCUUUGCUAAAUGUGCACUUAAAACACUUUUUACAUUUUAAAGUAACCUUUGGCUUAAGUAGAUUAAAUUCAGCGUACUUACAAAGUGUCAUUUCUUGAUACUUGGUGAAAUAAAUUUCUGCUUAAUUAUUAGCAACAAGUGUCUAGAGAUCCAGCCUCAGUCUGUGUGAAUAAUGUAGAUGGAAGAGAAAAUAUCGACUCUAAAUCAGCUGACCUGAAGUCGUAAAUCAAUAUAUUUUAAUUAUUACGACUAAUUCUUCAGCCCGUUCAGCCAGAAACCGUUCAAUGCAUCUUCUUUUUCUUUUUAAAUCUAUAUCAAUGUUGAGUUUGCAAGCUCUAAAAAUAAUCAUUCUCUCAUUUUUGAAUGUCAUUGUAAUAAAAUCUAACGGUUUCUCUGCUUUGAAAAUAAAUAUUUCUGACUGAAACA